GAGGGUGUGUGCAGCGUGCGGGGUGUGUGUGUGGUGUGUGUGCGGCCAUAUUUGCCGCGCGCCGGCCUCCCUGGCGCAGUAAACAAUCCCAAAGUGCCGGGGAGCCGCCGGGGCGCGCCAGGCAGCCACCACGGGUUCCCUCCCCGGCGGGGCUGGGCGGGCGGGCGCGGCGCCGCUGUCUCCCUGUCUGCGUCUCUGCCCGGCUGCUGGCCCGCCAUGUCCUACAAGCCCAACUUGCACCUCGCGGCGGCCGUGAGCCAAGGUGGGAACAUCCACUCUCCAUCUACCAGCAUGGCAGGUUCCGGACAAUACAGGCAACUUAUCAAUGAUUAUGGACCCCCAUCUCUAGGUUACACGCAAAGUGUGCAGGGUACCGGCGGCAGUCAAGUACCACAGAGUAAGUAUGCAGAACUUCUGGCCAUCAUAGAAGAAUUAGGAAAAGAAAUUAGACCAACGUAUGCUGGAAGUAAAAGUGCCAUGGAACGGCUAAAACGAGGCAUCAUUCAUGCUAGAGGAUUAGUUCGAGAGUGUUUGGCAGAGACCGAGCGAAAUGCAAGAUCCUAGCUUGACCUCUCGAGGUUUUCCAUCUCUUUAUGAACAAGACAGAGAAUUCCAUUGGAGACGACGGAAACAUUCAGACAAAUCCUUUGACUGUUCGCUCCCUCCUCCCUGCCCUUUUUCAAGAAUGUGGACUGGGUCCCAAAGAGCUACUUGAGUCGCACCCGAGGGCUUUGGGUGCCUGGUGGAAUGUUCAGACCAGACUUUUCGCUUUGAGUAACAGAUUCCACCCCCCACAACCUGUUUUUGAAACUCCCCUUUAUUUCAAAAGCAGCUCACUGUCUGUCGACGAAGGCAUCUGUGACAGAUGCAAAGCCCAAAGCCCCCUUGGCCAUAUGGAACAUGUGCAUCUCUUUCGAUCCUGGAUGUAAAGAAUGAGAUUCCUCCUGUCUCCCCUUUAAUAAGGAGCUGACAACAUUUCAGUUCAGUUGGACACUCUUUGAAUUCAUUUGGAAUCUUUUUUUUUAAAUGAAAAAAAUUGCACUCAGUUGGCUUUUCCUCAAGUCUCAUGUUCUGUUUCUUAAUGCAUUUGUCUUCGAGCAGCAUUCCAGGGAAACCCCAAAGGUUCUGGGGAAGGGAUGGGGGGUCAGUAGAAGCAACCUGCCCAUGAAAUUUAUAGCUGCAAGACUGUUUGGUGGAAAAGCUAGUUCCAGAAUCCUUUGCACAGCACUAGGAUUUCAUGGCAGAUGCACAGAUGCCUUUGUGUCUGGGCCAACAUGGAAAAGGGCCCUUGAACACAGAAUCUGUGAAACACUUCCCUAAACCCCUGUAUGUUCACCCUCUAAGAAUUUUAUGUUAAGGACUGAGAUAAUCUCCCUCCCCACCAAUACGCUUCCUAUAGACCCGUGGUGGCAAACCUUUGGCACUCCAGAUGUUAUGGACUACAAUUCCCAUCAGCCCCUUCUAGUAGUGCCAAAGGUUGCAGACCCCUGCUAUAGAUUGAUACAUAAACUCCAUUUAAACCCCUCCCCCAUCUUUUUUCUUUUUGCAUGACUGUUCAUGUUGCAGAAAUGAUUUUAAAUGCAUGAAUCAGAACAUACUCUGUUACAUCCUGUAAGGACCCCCCCAAACUAACUGGAUUUCUUCCAAGAUUUAAAACGGUAACUUUGCCCCCAAAAAGGGAAAAAAUCCAAAUAAGCAACUAAAACGUAUUUGCAUCUUUGUAUGUAUUUAUUACUUGAUGUAAUAAAGCUUAUUUUCAUUA